AUGAAAAUAACAAAGGCGAAAGGCGUGAAAACUUUUUACUAUGGUAACGAAUUGCUUUUACCCAAUCAACCGUAUCAUGAUACUUUUCUUCAAUUCAUGAAUACUAUUUUCAAAUGGGCGCGAUGCUUUGGGGUACCGGGUUUGAGUAGUAUGCUAUGGCGAAUAUGGGCUGCCGUCGUGCUGAUUUCUUUGGCUUUGACGGAGUGCGGUGCUAUUUGGAAGGUUAUUAGGGCCCUGGCGGGAUGGGCAAGGGAUACAGCCAACCAUAGAAGUGUCACAGCUCGUUUUGCGGGCGCCAUGUUCUACGCAGCUUCCGUAAUAUCCCAGAUAUUAUGUUGGAGACUUUCAUAUCGCUGGCGAGCUUUGUCGAAGUACUGGGCCUCUGUGGAAUGGGUGUUAAAUAUUAAAUAUGUCCCCCCGGAUCACAGUUUGAAGAAAAGACUUUUGGCGGUCACCGCUUUUAUGGCAACGGGUGCAACAGUUGAACAUCUUAUGAGUAUUUUAGCGACAACAGGCAUAGACUGCCCAUUAUCAGAUAUUUUAAAAAAGUAUGUAUUAAAAUCACAUGGAUUUUUGCUGUUGGAUCAAGAGUAUUACAAAAUGAUAGCUCCUCCGGUCUUGUUUGUGAGUAAUGUUGCAACAAUAUUAUGGAAUUUUCAAGACAUACUUAUUGUAUUGAUUAGUAUGGGACUAACUUCACGGUACCGUCGGCUUAACAUGUGUGUAGCCACUGUAUGUUCUGAAUUAAAUAAGGAAAGGAAAUGGUCUAAGGAUAAUGAGAUUUUACAAGUAUAUUUAUGGCGUAAAAUACGAGAGGCGUAUGUGAAACAAGCUUUGCUUGUUCGUAAGAUUAACAGUGCAUUUGGGUUGAUUCUACUGUUUUCCAACUUCUUUAGCUUUUAUUUCAUAUGCUUGCAACUCUUCUUGGGUAUUACACAAGGAUUCACUGGCGACGUCUUUCAAAAGAUGUAUUCUCUAGUAUCUCUGGCCUGGAUCUGCGUACGCACAUGUUGUGUUGUUUUAGCGGCGGCUGAUAUCUACGAAAAUUCUAAGCGCGCUCUACCAUAUUUAUACACAUGCCGCGCUCAGUUCUACAAUAUUGAAAUAGAAAGGCUACAAGAUCAGUUGGAUAAAGAUAACAUCGCGCUGAGCGGAAUGGGCUUCUUUAACUUAACGAGAACCGUGUUGUUGCAAGUUGCAAGUUCCGUUAUAACUUACGUAUUGGUGUUAGUACAAUAUGAUAACCGGGGAGAUGAACAACAAACCUCCAAUAUUAUCAAUUUUAACAUGACACUGAAGGAUACUAUGCCAUAA